AUGUCCUUCUCGUCACCCCAAGCCAAUUCGGCUCCUUCCCCACCGUCCUCGGCUUCUUCUGAGCACCCGGAAAUAACUGUGGAUGGACAGCGUGUCCUUCCUCAAAUCGAGGACACCGCAACGCUUGGACGUGCAUCGUCAAAGUCGAGUGACGUUCCAACAAUCGCUCAAGGAUUGGCCGCCAUUCAGCUAGGGCCUGCCAACUCGUUGAGCCCUCAUGGACCAGGUGACACCAGCGAUGCCAAAUCCGUAUCCACGGGCCGUUCGUCGAAGUCUGGAUUCAGGAAACGUUUGUCACGAUUCUUCAAAGGCGACCCCAAAGUCAAAGACACUGUUCCCGCCUCGGCAGUCAUAUCAGCGCCUGUUACGCUCGUUGGAACUAAGGGUCGUAUCCAGCCUGCCGCACCUGACCGUAACACCGUGCCUGUCUCGUUGGGACUGCACUCACCAGCACAUUCCACUGAAAUGUUGUCUACGCCACUCGUUGUACCAGCUACCCAACCGCAGCCGAGCCCUGCUGCGAGUAGAACCCUCCGCGUAAACAUCUUCCCCGAGAACGUUAUCGAACCAAUCUACAAGACCGACUUGCCCAAGCCGCAUGCUCGUGUUGACAAGACCCCACAGCUUGUCUACUGCUGUAGUCUCCUCUCCAAGGCUCAAGGGCCGCUGCAGCCGAUCUCAGACAACGAUGUCUCUCUAGGUCCCCCCCUCGACGACAAGGAGAAGGAAUGGGUUCAGCUCAUUGAUCCAAUCUUGCAGGAGCGAUAUCGAUGGCUUGUCGAGCAAUUGGUCAGAGCGUUCGCUGACAACCCUCUCAAGGCGUCUGAUGUGGUCACCGAGAUCGUUCUUGUUGGUCCUGUUCUCGACCGUGACACAUACCGCAGCUUGCUCUCAUGCUUCAUCUCCAACUUUGAGCAGACAAGCGCGCUGGAUGUCACUCUGCUCCAAGGUCUUGUGCAACUGGUCGAGUGCGCCUCAUCUGGAUACCUUGUCGACGAUGAUCUGGUGAGGAUCGCCACUGUCCUCUCCAAGGAGUUGUCGAUUACCCACAUUGGCACGAGCGACCACCCCUUGCGCCUGACAUUGUCGCUCGCUCGAGUUCUUGAUGUGAUGGUGGCUGGCAAGGUUAAGGAUCUGAACCGUGAACGAGACCAUCAGCCAAUGCUGCAACUCCUAGACGGCCUGAAGGACAACGAGAAUGUCGUCCAAAGGUACGAGGCAACCUACGCCUACCAGGCUCUCCAGUAUGCACCAGAUGACGAGACUCCGCUCCAAGUGCUGUGGAGAUAUGGCAAGGUUGCAGCAGCAGGCGCAGGUGCAGUGUCGAGUGUUUUCAAGUUGGAUCCAGAGGGACUCCUCAAAGGCAUCGAGAGUCUUCAAGAGAUCGGUGCAGCGGUUGUUGGAGCUGUCAGCACAGGAAUUGAGGUAGUCGAGGCCCUUCGUGUCGGUGCUGAUGGGGCCGCCCGCGCAUCAGAGAACAAGUUCGACUUUAUGAAAAAGCGGUCGUGGUAUCUCGCCCUUCAAGGAACGGCCCUCUUCAUCCACCAGGGACGACUUUCAGACUUUAACCUAGUCGUCAGCCAGGCGCCAUGCCGCCACAACGCCAAUUUUCAGUGGGGAGUCUGUCGCCAGCUUGGAGAGAUUGCAGUCGACCCGCUCUGGGAUGUUCUUGUCCGUCAACAGGCCGUCGACUUUCUGGGUGAACUAUACAGAAGCGGCUCUGACUGGAAACUCCAUGUCGAUAUCAAGCGCUGGAUCCUCACCAUCCUCAUCCAGAUCUCGGGAAUAUCGGAUGUCUCUAUCAAGGAUCGCGCUGUUGCUUUGUUGCUAGACCUGAAGAAGGAUGAUACCACCGAGUUUCUUGGCUCUUUUUCGCUAAGCAGACGCCUCCAUCAGCCAACAGCCUCUCCACUUCUCGCCCAGGUCCAAGAGAUUAUCAAAGUCGAAUAUGACCUGCACGUAUUGAGGCUGAUGAGGAUUGACGACUACAAGCAGGCGGUCUACAUCGACCCCAUGGCCAAACUCAACCUCCAAGACACGGAUGACAAUCUCUUCCCUCUCAUGGAUAAGGUUAGAGACUUUAUGGCCGGCGACACUCAGGUCAUGCUAAUUCUUGGCGACUCGGGGGCGGGAAAAUCGACAUUCAAUCGUCACCUGGAACACAAGCUCUGGCAGGAGUACAAGGCAGGAGGCCGCAUCCCGCUUUUCAUCAACUUGCCAUCCCUCGAGCGACCAGAGAGGGAUUUGGUUGCGGAGCAAUUGAGGACCUACAACUUUUUGGAGGACCAGAUCCGUGAGUUGAAGCUGCACCGCCAAUUCGCAUUGAUCUGUGAUGGAUACGACGAGAGUCAGCUUACAUCCAAUCUGCAUACCACCAACCUCUUCAACCAGUAUGGGCAGUGGGACAUCAAGUUGCUUAUUACCUGUCGCACGCAGUAUCUCGGACCGGACUAUCGGAGUCGCUUUGAGCCCAAGACGGUGGAUCGGUCUGCUCGCGUCGCCAACGAUCUUUUCCAACAAGCCGUCAUCGCUCCGUUCACCAGGGAGCAGAUCGAAGACUAUGUAGAGCAUUAUGUUCCUCUCGAGCCGCGCACCUGGGUCAAGAAGGACUACAUGGACAAGCUAGAGGCUAUCCCCAAUCUGAUGGAUCUGGUCAGGAACCCGUUCCUCCUUACCAUGUCACUGGAGGCCCUUCCUACCGUCGUGCAAGGGAAAACCGACCUCUCCAGGCUUCGAAUCACUCGCGCGGAACUGUACGACACCUUUGUGGUGCAUUGGAUGGCUGUCAACAAGCGUCGCCUGCAGGAUCAACAUUUGAGCGAGAGCAGUCAGACAGCGCUUGACUUUCUUUGUGACGACGGGUUCGAGCGCAACGGUAUUCUGUACCAGAUGGAUAUGGCGGCGUCCAUCUUUCAGAAGCAGGAUGGCAGACCUAUUGUUAACUACACUCAUUUGAGAGACAGGAACACAUGGAAGGCUCAGUUCUUUGGCGUUGAUCCUGAGAGGGCGCUCCUUCGAGACUCCAGUCUGCUGAGUCGUACUGGCAACCAAUACCGCUUUGUCCACCGCUCCGUGUUGGAAUACUUUUUCUCUUGCACCAUCUCUGGGCCUAUCAAGGAGCAUGAUGAAUUUGAUCCGCCUGUCCAUCCCGAAACCUCCGCCGCCUCACCCAGUAUUAGCACCCAUCCGUUGUCCCAGAGGAACCUUGUCGUUGAGCCGUCGAUCAUCCAGUUUCUGGCCGAGCGCGUGCAGCUGGAUUCUAGAUUCAAGGACGAGCUCCUCGCCAUCAUUGAGCAGUCCAAGACCGACAACCAAGCAGCUCGAGCCGCAGCGAACGCCAUCACGAUCUUGGUCAAGGCAGGAGUACGAUUCAAUGGAGCUAAUCUUCGGGGUAUUCGAGUUCCUGGAGCGGACAUGUCUGGAGGCCAGUUCGACUCUGCACAACUGCAGGAGGCUGACUUGACAGAUGUCAACCUCACCAAGAGCUGGAUUCGUCAGGUGGACUUCACCAAGGCACAGAUGGAGGGGGUUGAGUUCGGGGAGAUGCCGUACCUGAAGGAGAGCACAUGGGUAGUCUCGUGCGCCCAUUCCCCUGACGGAACAUCUCUCGCUGUAGGUCUUGGAGACGGCCGCAUCAACGUUUACGACACUUCCAUAUGGACAACAACUCGCACUUUUGAAGGUCAUCAAGGGUGGGUUAACAGCCUCGCCUAUUCGCCUACAGGACAUCAACUUCUUUCUGGAGGCGACGACAAGAUGGCGAGAUUGUGGGACUGCGAGAGUGGGUCGUGCAUUUUUGUUCUAGAGGGGCAUACCGAGUAUGUGUUGACUGUGGCGUUUUCACCCUCUGGCAAGCAAGUCGCUUCGGCUGGAAAGGACUCGACUGUGAGGCUAUGGGAUGUUCAGACAGGCGCCAAUCCGUUCAUCUUGACCGGUCAUACAGAAUGGAUUCGUAACGUUUCCUACUCACCCGAUGGACAUGCGGUUGUGUCUGUUGGCGACGAUGAGACGAUCCGUUUCUUUGACACAUUGACUGGACAGCCAAGAGAAGUCUGGGAGACCCAAAGUGGGGAUAUGAGGAGAGUCGCAUUCUCUCCUGGUGGCCUAGAGAUUGCCGUAGGUCAUGGCAAUGGGGACUUAGUACUCUACAAUACAGCUACCGGCAAACCAACGAGGAACUGGCAGGCUCAUGGCAACGAUAUCACGGGUGUGAGUUUUUCUCCGAACAGCCAAUGGAUCGCCACAUGCGGCUAUGACAGCACGGUGAAGGUCUGGAGUGCAGCAACAGGAUCGGUCCUUUCUGUCUUCACUGCUCAUGGUUCUCCUGUCUUGCAAUUAGCCUUUUCGCCAAACCGACCCCAACUCGUCUCGUGUGGUUUUGAUUGUACCAUCCGAAUCUGGGACGUGAGCUCACUGGGGACUGGCGUGGAUGUAGAGGUCGGAUCUGACCCGCUGACGGGCGUACUUUUUUCUCCAGACCGCCGAGUUCUCUUCUGUGGCACCGAGUUGGGAGCUGUGCGACAGUAUGAUGCAGUAUCUGGAGCGCCCAGUCUAGAUAUUCCUUGCAGAGACAAUCCUGUCAAAUGCCUAGUGGUCUCCCCGGAUGGUCUUCUAAUUGCGUCAGUUGGAACGGACGACGAAUUCGUCGCUGUGUGGAAUAUUGGAACAGGUCAAACCGAUGUUGUGCUGUGCGGUCACAAACAACAGGUGAAUGCCAUGGCUUUUUCAGCCGACAGCCGCUGGAUUGCCACGGGAAGUGACGACAACACAGUGCGACUUUGGGACGCUCGGUCAGGGACACUCGACCGCGUGCUUGAAGGCCAUACCGAUCGUAUUAUUUGUUUGAUAUUCUCGCCGAAUAGCCAUCGAGUCGUGUCGGGAAGUUGGGAUGGAACUAUUCAAGCCUGGGAUUUGGACAGUCGUGAAUGUAUAGUUGUUAUGGAUGCUGGCAGUGGUAUACAAAGUUGGGCAAUAUCGGCUUCAUCUGAUGGCUUGAGGACUGCUUCCAGAAAGUUUGCCAGCAGCACUGUUGAGCUUUGGGACGCGGAGAGCGGGGAACUUCAACAAAGUCUAGAGCACAAUGACAACGUACAAUGCUUUGAACUCUCGUCCUGUGGUCAAUGGGUAGGCGUAAGCUUCCCUGGUUCGGUUUGGCUCUGGAAUUUUGCAUCUGACAAGACAACAGAAGGGGGAGAAGGUCGAGGAGAGUGGAAGUGUUCGGUGCGUAUCCGAGAUGUCUUUGGAGAGGUCGCCAGCAUCGCAUGGAAACCUAACACGCUGGAGUUUAGCAUCGGAUGCUUGAAUGGUCCCCUUCAAGUGUGGAGACUGGUGGAGACGUCGACAUCGUCGUCGGAUGUAUGGUCGGCCCAGUUGGUUUGGGGCGCUGGAAAUCCUGUUCUAGCUGCCUCGGAUGCCGUUUUUGCUGAUGCUGUUGGUCUCUCCUCAGGCAAUCAGCGGUUGCUCACUCAGCGUUGCAUGGGUGCUGCCGCUUAA